AUGAACGAAAAAAGGAUUGUGUAUUGUCUUGUGUUUUUAGGCCUCCCUGAUUUAAGUGUGGAUGUUGUGAUUGCCUCUCAGAGCUUCCACUGGUUUGCCAACACGUCAGCUCUUCGGGAGAUCAACCGAGUGCUUGUGCCAGGUGGAAUGUUUGGCAUCUUUUCAGUAAUGCCUGACUAUUCUGUACCCUGGAUGGCAGAUCUUUGGGAAUUCCAGGCUCCCUUGUACAAGAAGAAAUCUAUUGUGCUUCCCUUCCAGGACGGAUGGAAACAGGUUUUUAGCUCAACGACCCAAAAACUGUUCAGUGACCUUGAAGGAAACUCAAGUUUCAGUUUUACUAUGUCGGUGGCCUCUUUUGAACAAGCAUACGAUUGCUUUGCUUCCGGUUCUGUUAUUGCCAGUGGUACAGACCCCACAAAGGAGUCUUUUCGAGAGUUGUUCAAUGAGGUAGUGAGAAAACAUUUCUUGGAUAAAGGCAUCGAUUUAGACGGUAUUAUGAUUAAGGUUUUUAUGUAUUGGUGUACUAAAGAAAUCUGAGAUUACCUCAAGGUCAAACUUCACCUAAAUAACACAAACUAUACAUAAAUAUAAAUUCUUGAUUUAAAAUAUUUUAAAUAGUGUGGGAUUUAGAACUGGGACAGCUCGAGACUUUCUGCCGAAAAAUAAGGUCAGGAGGAGCAGCGUGGUCGAAUGGUUUGGGGCGCUGGUGUUGUAAUCCGGAGGUCCUGGGUUCAAGGCCUCCACCCUGCCACAAGCGGGAUUUG